UGUGCAUCUUCAUCUUCUCUUUCCGCUUAUCCUGUUAUGCAUCUUAAGCCGCACCCGCACGGCACGCUUCCCAAUUUUAAAACGGCUCUGCUAGCGCCCCUAGCUCCUCCUAUUUAUACUUGCCGAGGGUGGCGAUUUCCAGGAGUAACGCUAAACGAAAAAACCAUGGGAAACGAAACUGAACACGGAGCUCCGGCGACGGGGGCUCCACGUAGUAAUCCUGCUACUGGGUUCAAGCUUGUUGGGUUCAAGAACUUCGUCCGAAGCAAUCCAAAAUCCGAUCGAUUCAAGGUAAAGCGUUUUCACCAUGUCGAGUUCUGGUGCUCCGACGCCACCAACACUGCUCGCCGCUUCUCGUGGGGUCUCGGCAUGCCCCUUGUAGCUAAAUCCGACCUUUCAACUGGCAACUUCACUCACGCUUCCUAUCUCAUCCGUUCUGGCGACCUCUCCUUCGUCUUCUCUGCUCCUUACUCGCCAUCCAUCGCCGCCGCCGAGCACCUCGAACCCAACUCGACUGCCUCUAUUCCCACUUUCAACCGCGAAUCCUGCCUCGCUUUCAUGGCCUCCCACGGCCUAGCUGUUCGGGCCAUUGCAGUUGAAGUCGAGAAUGCAGAAAUUGCAUUUAAUGCCAGCGUUGCCCAUGGCGCCAAGCCAUCGGCCUCCCCGGUGCUCCUGGAUAACCGAGUUAUUGUAUCCGAAGUUCUCCUCUACGGCGAUGUAGUGUUGCGAUACAUUAGCUACAACGAUCGGUCCCAAGUAUCAGACCCGAGCCCUAAUUAUUGGUUCUUGCCCAAAUUUGAACCCGUGGAGGAGCUCUCGUCCUAUCCGCUGUUGGAUUACGGGAUUAGGCGCCUCGACCAUGCGGUGGGUAACGUGCCGGAACUGGCUCCGGCUGUGAAUUAUGUGAAGGAAUUUACUGGGUUUCACGAGUUCGCCGAGUUCACAGCGGAGGACGUGGGCACGAGCGAGAGUGGCUUGAACUCGGUGGUUUUAGCGAACAAUGAUGAAAUGGUUUUGCUGCCUCUGAACGAACCAGUGUUUGGGACGAAGCGGAAGAGUCAAAUACAGACAUAUUUGGAGCACAACGAAGGAGCAGGGUUACAGCAUCUAGCGCUUGUGAGUGAAGACAUAUUCAGGACUUUGAGGGAGAUGAGGCAGAGAAGUGUCGUAGGUGGAUUCGAGUUCAUGCCUUCGCCACCUCCAACGUAUUACAAGAAUUUGAAGAAUCGAGCUGGUGAUGUAUUGACGGAUGAGCAGAUUAAGCAGUGUGAGGAGCUGGGGAUUCUGGUAGAUAGAGAUGAUCAAGGAACUUUGCUUCAAAUUUUCACUAAGCCUGUUGGAGAUAGGCCAACCAUUUUUAUAGAGAUAAUUCAGAGAGUUGGGUGCAUGCUGAAGGAUGAGGAGGGGAAGGUAUAUCAAAAGGGUGGAUGUGGAGGCUUUGGAAAAGGAAACUUCUCUGAACUGUUCAAGUCCAUCGAAGAAUAUGAAAAGACACUUGAACUUAAAAGAGUAGCAGAACAAACUCCUGCUUGAAAGCUCAUAGUGAUUUCAGGACGAGGCUCUAGCUCUGGUGCUGAGAGGGAGAAGACUCAAAAGGUUAGGAAUUAGUAUAUUCCUAUUGUAUGCUUCUAGUUUAGAUUUAUUUUGUGUAAUAGUAUAUGAUUGUUAAUUCUAGAUUUCAUGCCAUCACAUUUGCACUAUGUUGUUAUUACAAACGUCUGAUUGGUAUUUUGGGCCUUGAGAAUUUGUGUAUGUUGUGAUAUAUAUGUUAAUAGGGCCAAAAUACUAAUAUAAGUGUAGAAAUGAAGAUUUGAACAUGUUUUGUUUGAUUUGGGUGCAAUAAAAUGGAAAAUUGCCUCCCCCUUUGUUUUUGUAAAAGGGGUUGAGGAGUGAAAUUUUGUUC